AUGGGGGCUUCUUCGGAAAUAGAGGAAACUACGCAACAAGAAGUUGUAACCAAGAAGAAGGGUGGCCUUAGAACAAUACCAUUUAUCAUAGCAAACGAGACAUUUGAAAAGGUGGCGAGCUAUGGGCUACUGGCUAACAUGAUGGUUUACUUGAUCGAACAAUAUCAUGUCAGCAACAUCACCGGAGCUAGUAUUUUGUUCCUGUGGGUUGCCCUAACAAAUCUCACCCCCAUCAUAGGCGCUUUUCUAUCUGAUUCGUUCUUGGGUCGGUUUCGUGUGAUCGUAAUUGGAACGCUCAUUUCUCUAACCGGAAUGAUAGUAUUGCUGUUAACAGCAAUAAUUCCAGACGCAAGGCCUCCUGAGUGUGACAUAAAAGCAAGACAAAAAUGCGUUUCUUCAGAGCUAAACCAACGAUUACUACUCUAUUUCUCAUUUGCUUUGAUGAGCAUCGGAGCUGGUGGGAUCAGGCCAUGUUCCAUGGCUUUUGGAGCUGAUCAAGUGAACAGACCCGAAAACCCGAAUAACGAGCGGGUCUUGCAGAUCUUCUUCAACUGGUACUAUGCUUCAGUUGGAAUCUCCUUGAUGAUUGCAGUGACAGUCAUAGUUUAUCUUCAGGACAAUGUUGGUUGGGUUCCUGGCUUUGGAGUUCCUCUAGGACUUAUGUUGUUUUCAACUGUUAUGUUUUUCUUGGGCUCUUCCUUUUAUAUUAAGGUAAAGGGAAACAAGAACUUGUUUUCUGGGAUAGCUCAUGUGGUUGCAGCUUCUUGGAAGAACAGACACUUGCCCAUGCCACCAAAGAGCUUUGAUGGAUGGUAUUAUCACAAAGGUUCCAAACUUGUGUGCCCAACAGAAAAAUUGAGGUUCCUAAACAAAGCAUGCAUAAUGAAGAGGCCUUCAAAGGACUUAACCCCAGAAGGGCUGGCAAUGGACCCAUGGAGCCUAUGCACCGUGAGGCAAGUAGAAGAGCUGAAAGCCCUUAUCAAAGUCCUCCCCAUCUGGUCCACCGGCAUCGUCAUCGCCGCCACCGUCAGCCAGCAUUCGAUCACGCUAACGCAGGCCCUCGCCAUGGACAAGCACCUCACCCCGCAAUUCGAAAUCCCGGCAGGCUCAUUCUCAGUCUUCACACUCCUCACCCUAACCCUCUGGGUGGCCAUCUACGACCGAGGCGUGGUCCCACUCAUGUCACGGUUCACCAAGCACCCAAACGGCCUCAGCUUCAAACAACGAAUCGGAAUUGGUCUAGCCAUCUCUUGCGUGGCGACUUCCGUCGCGGCGAUCGUCGAGAGAAACCGGAGAGAACAGGCCGUUAGACAUGGAGAAAUCAUGUCCGCAAUGUGGUUAGUUCCGCAAUAUAGUCUAACUGGCUUGGCCGAGGCAUUUAAUGCAAUUGGGCAAAUAGAGUUUUACUAUUCUCAGUUUCCGAAAAACUUGGCUAGUAUUGCUGUGGCUCUUUUCACUCUCGGCAUGGGAUUUGGGAACUUGGUUGGUGCACUUAUAGUGAAGAUUGUGGGUGAUUGUAGCACCAAAGGUGGGAGAGUGAGUUGGCUAGAUAAUGACCUAAACCGGGGUCGUUAUGACUACUAUUAUUGGCUUCUCACUCUUGUGGGGUUCUUCAAUUUUUUGUAUUAUUGUUUGUGUAGUUGGGCUUAUGGGUCUUGUGAGGAAAGAAACAUUUGGGAUGAUGAAGAAGGCGCGGAGAAAGGCAGAGAAAUGGAUCAAGAUUUGCCCAAAUCCAAGGAGUCACCAAUAUUUGUCUUGGCUGCUUGA